UGCGGACAUCCUCAUGGCUUCGUGUCGACCAUGGCCCUCAUUCUGAGAAACUUACCUUCACUCUCUAGCAAGUGAAGUAAAUAGGCCACGCGGCUUUCCAUCUCUCAAGCUCCAGUCGGUUCAACUUGAAAAGAUGGACUUCCACCGAUUAUGGAAGCGGCAGUCGGAAGCUGCGACCAACACCACGACCCUUACGGAAUUAUCAAUCGUCUCAGUCUCGACCAGCUCUCCCACCAGCAUCGACGCGAGCGCAGCAGACUCCGCGUUCCCAUCCUCAGACCCAGUCUCGCCUACUUCCUUGGGCGCAGUUGCGACCGGAGACGUGGUAUCUUCGUUCCAACAAAGUGACGCAACCGCCACCAGCAUCUCAUCCGCUCGUGGAAACGGCGAUCUCAGCCAGAGCACCAUUGUGCUUGUGACCGAGUCCGCCAUCAUCGAGAGCAACCCUACUAACGGGGUCGAAACCACAAAAUAUGUGGUCUACACCACCACGAUCGUAUCAGAACCAAGCACGACCCAAGCGGCAGUGGGCAUACCGGCUGGAGGAAGAGACUUGUCGAGAAACACCGGCGCUAUAAUUGGAAUCGCAGCUGGCAUAGCAAUCUGCCUUGCUUUACUGCUUAUGGGCCUGGCUAUUUUCAUUCUUCGGUGGCGUCGAAAAAGAGCGGUGCGGGAAUACGCGACGCCAUAUCCUCCGAAUCCCACGUCUGGUACAAGCGUGACAGCUUCUGUGGAAGGUGGAAUGGUUGAGCCGAUCGAGAAGUACGGACGUGAACGUCUGGAGAUGUCUGGUAAUUCAGAAAUACGAGUCGAGCUGCCAGAGAAGUCAGCGCACCAAAGGUCAGUAUUUGAGUUGGACGCUGGCGUCGACAGUAUCCGGACACCAGUCUCCGGACUAUCGGGCAUGAACUCUGCGAGGCCGAUGGGCUCGGGAAGCACGGUUUGGUCAUGGCAGGCGGGACAGACGGAGAAAGCGACAUAUAUCCGCAAUGUGGGUGGAUCGAAAGACUCUGAGCGAAGUGAUUCAACACCCAGUGUGGCCGACUCAGAAGAACGCCCAGUUUCACCUACCAAUAUGUUGUCAUCACGCACCAACAGGCCACCCACUCUUCAGCCAGGAUCAUGAAGCCCAAACGCCACUUUAUUGACAGACCAGAUGCGGUCCAUCAGAGAAGGCUGACAAAGUUCAUCACAAUCGCGUGUGUCUGAUAUGACGAUAUACAACGGCGUGCAAGGCGAUGUGGGAAGGUUCGGCUCAUGACAACAUCAUGCGACUCGAUUGAAUUGCCCAGAAGAGGGCUCAUCAAUGGCUGGUGCCGCAAUGGCAUUUCAUGCUCCUGCGAUUGAGGUUCUGUCAACCCGUUCUCGACCAAGAUGCCUGUUCUGAUCGGCUAGCUCGACCUUCUUGGUGUUGGGGACAACAGUCAUGUUCUCACAAAGAGAACCAUCCCUUUGCGAACUUGCGCAGUUGAGGAUGCUCGAACCGACCAAACUCCGAAUCUUGAAUUAUACACCUCGGCACAUUUACACGAGGCUCAUCUCAUGGAACGAUUUGAAAUAAUCGAGCUGAUGAAAGCGUCGACACGCAAUUAUCGGACACGAGGAUCAAGGAGGAUGCAGGCUCUCCCUUGUCAUAGCAUGCUCUAUGCAACAAAUAGCUGUCGCUUCGUUGUUCACAUGUUUGAGGAGGUGUUUCCAAAGGCUGGGCUCUAUCGCGGUCUGGUCCCUCGGUUGGCUUGAGGAAGUGCUGUAGCCUUGCUCGACAAUCCCAACACCGAGAAUUCUCCUCUUUUUGGCCGCUUCGUUCAAGGUGUUUCGAGGUUCCGAGCCUUUAUCGUUGCGCCACGAUAAUGAGGUAGAUGACUCGAUGGAGAAAGAAAGUCAAAGAUCUUGAGGACUAGUUGAACGCAGAUAUCUGCGUAGGCUCAACGUUUUGACGCCGCCGAGAAUGAAAGCCUCAAACAUUCCGAGGUAAUCCGUUGGGGUCAUGAUUCUCUCGAGGCUGUGACACCCCUGGAUAGAUAUCAACAUACAUACCUACAUACUCCGUAGAUGUAUUGACCAGGUUCAGCCAUGUCCUGUAAUAAUACGGAGUACAGCCUUUCCUGCUUUGGGAUGUUGAUGCAUCUCGGUCACCACUGCCACAUGUGGAAGUCGACCUAGAUACCGAGGCUUCAAGUUUACCUACAAUCCAUAUAUG